GAGGUUGAGUCUCUGGGACGAAGACAAACAGACUCUGUCUGGGGAAAAGGCGUGAGCUCUCAGCUUAGGACUCAUCACUUGACAAAGGUGGAAAAGUCCUCUGCUACAGAUGGAUGAAGUUACAACAGGCAAACUGUUUGUUGCUGCUGCUUGAUUAGACACUUAGGGAAUUUAAAAAAAAAAAAAUCUCCCUCUGCAGAGACAUCUACACGGCUGGAAAAUUUUCCUCAUGGUCUUUACGGAGAGUUGAUUCUGACAGUAGGUAAAGGAAAUAAUAUAAAAAACUUCCACUGAGAAAAUAAUUGACAAACACAGAGGAAAUGUGGAAUGACUCUGACUGGUGAGGACUUGGAGUCAAACUUGUCAGACAAGCAAGGGAUAUAAGGAAACAGACACGAGGAGAUAUCAUGUUCGUUCGGGUGCAGCAGGACUUUGCUAUGAUUCUUCCCGAACUGUUUUUGUUGGUGAUCCUUUUGCUCUCUGGACCAGUGUCCCCUAUCCAGGGAGAUACUCAGAAAAGCAGGAACAGUGAUAAGAUCCUGAGGAGAGAGUUUAUCUACGAACCAAAAAGGCAAAAACGUGCCGUGGUUGACUACAGCAUCACCCAAGCAGACAAAUGCUCUUACACCUUUAUUGUGCCUCAGCAGAAAAACAACGGGGCCAUCUGUGUGAACUCUAAGGAGCCCGAGGCCUUGCUGGAGAAUCGGGUCAAUAAGCAGGAGUUGCAACUCCUCAACAGUGAACUACAGAAACAGAGACGGCAGAUUGAAGUGCUGCAGCAGUUGGUAGAGGUCGAUGGAGGUGUGAUCAAUGAAGUCAAGCUAUUACGCAAAGAGAGCCGCAACAUGAACUCCCGAGUUACACAACUCUAUAUGCAGCUGCUGCAUGAGAUUAUUCGCAAGCGAGACAAUGCUCUGGAGGUGUCACAGCUGGAGACCCGCGUGCUAAACCACACAAACGAAAUGGGGAGGCUAGCUGCACGUUAUCGCGACCUGGAACAUAAGUACCAGCAUCUGCUGACCCUCGCAAGCAGCCAGAGUGCUCUCCUGGUGCAGCUGGAGGAACACUGUAAGCAGAAAGAGUACUCACACGGUGUGGUUCAGGAUAGGAGCCAUCCUCACCAUCCACAGCACUCUGUGAUCCCGCAGCCUCCUCUACAGAGACCUGCAGUGUCUCCUGGAGGCUACAGGCCCUACCAUCCACCUACCUACACCCGCUACACCAAUAACCCCAUGACUAAUGAGAUACAGAGUGACCAAAACUCCAAAGCAUUACCAACUCCACUGCCCACAAUGCCAAGUGGUACAUACAGCUUCACAAACGAACCCUCUAGUCCUUUCAAAGACUGUCUGGAGGCUCUGGAGGGCGGAUACCCUACCAGUGGCAUGUACCUCCUGAAAUCAGACAACGGCAACCGAUUCAUGCAGGUUUGGUGUGACCAGAGACACGACCCUGGUGGCUGGACUGUCAUUCAGAGGCGUCAGGAUGGCUCCGUCAACUUUUUUAGGAACUGGGAGACGUACAAGCAAGGGUUUGGAAACAUUGAUGGUGAAUACUGGUUAGGCCUAGAGAACAUCUACUGGCUGACAAACCAGGGCACCUACAAACUGCUGGUAACCCUGGAAGACUGGACUGGACGCAAGACCUUUGCGGAGUACGCCAGCUUCCGUGUCGAGUCAGAGGCUGACUUCUACAGGCUGCGGGUGGGGCGAUACCAUGGCAACGCCGGAGACUCUCUUACCUGGCACAACAGUAAGCAGUUUACCACACUGGACAGAGACCAUGAUGUCUACACAGGUAACUGUGCCCACUACCAGAAGGGAGGAUGGUGGUAUAAUGCCUGUGCUCAUUCCAACUUGAAUGGCGUGUGGUAUCGUGGUGGACAUUAUCGUAGCCGUUACCAGGAUGGCGUCUACUGGGCUGAGUUUAGAGGAGGAGCUUAUUCUCUGAAGAAAGUGACCAUGAUGAUACGACCCAAUGCAAACACCUUCUAUUAACAAUUCAGUUAUUCAAAACUGAACAGUUUACUGGACAAAUGUUUCCUCCAAAGGGAUUCCAUUUCUAUAUCACAAAAACAGGAAUCCUUGAAUUUCAACUUCCAUCUUCGCUUUUUUACUGUUAGUUGCUUUACAUUCAUAAUGAGGUUUCAAAUUGGUCAUGUAGAGACGCAAUGGGAUUUGUGCAAAUUUUUUUUUUUAAAUUUUAUUCCUCUUACAGGUAUAUGAUCUACUUGUCUUGUUUGGGCUCAUAAAUCUUUAUUAUACAUAAAUCAACAAAAGCACACACAAGCAUACAUCAUUAAGUUGCUGAUACUUCAGAAUAUUGUUGUGCUUAAAUUACAUACAGUUUCUAUUAUGUACUAUAUGUAUAGGUUGGUAAAUGGUAAAUGAACUGCACUUAUAUAAUGCUAUUCUAGUCUUAUCAACCACUCAAAGCGCUUUACACUACUGCCACAUUCACCCAGUCCCACACACAUUCAUACUGGGGUUCAGUAUCUUGCUCAAGGACACUUUGACAUGCAGACUUCAGGAGCUGGGGAUCGAACCACCGACCUCUCUGUUAGAGGACGACCCACUCCACCUCUUGAGCCACAGCCACACAGGAUCAGUUCUUAACGAAAGACAUCUGGUUGUUUAUUUUGAUGCAGUUUUCUAAUGGUUUCAGUAACUCUGUCAAAUUUACUGUCCACGUCUUUUGCCUCUUGAUUUCAAUUAAUAUUUGGACAUAGCAAUGUUUAAACAAAAGUUAGUUCAGACAGCUUAGAAUGUGAACAAAGUUCAGCAGGUCAACUUUUCUUGGAUUUAAAUAACAAGACUCUGGACUAUACUGCUACCCGUAUCACUGAGUACACUGUGCAUGAUUCUUGAACUGAACUGAAUAUGGUAUAUGGAGUAUAAUGAUUCUAUAAUACCUGAAGUGUCUUAAUAGUGAUAUAUGAAGUUGCAAGAUGGGACCACUGUUCUGUUCUCUCAAAUUACGGCAUAAUUUUUGAAGGAUCAUGUCAUAAUUUUGGUACUGAAGAUUCUGGUGCUUGUUGUUUUGUGCCACAACUCAACAACUUUACAUUUAAGCAUUUUAUGCUCCCAAAGGUAUCCACAUUUCAAACUGACUUUUUAUUCCUAGCAUGAAACCAUAAUAGGACACUAAAACCCUCCAAUUGAGAAAUCACAAUAUCACAUUUUCACUUAUUUCGUUAGCUUUGGUUAAUUAGCCAGAGUCAGGACAUGCUUAACAUAGCAUAAAGACUGGAAGGCAAGGGAAACAGCUAGUCAAAAAUACACCUACCAACACAUCUAAACCUCACUGAUUAACGUGUUGUAUCUCAUUUGUUUAAUUUGUCCAUAAAAAAAAGAAAUAUAAACUCUGCAAGUUGUGGUUUUACAACAGCAGAGUGCAGUGACUGUAUGUUGAAUCCCAGAGCCUUGUCAUCAUAGUGAGGUUUCCAGGUUUGGUACCAUUGUGCCUGUAUAAAUAUCAAAACCAAACCUGUGAUCACCAAAUGUAUCUAGCUAUCCACGAUGUAGCCAGAGCAGAGAAGUGCUGGACACAUGGUUACACUGUUCUUCACCUAGAAGAAGUUCAAGCACAUAGCUCUGCCUAAAACCACAAAUUGUUGUUUUUAGAAUUUUGUUUGCAUAAGGAUGCAGCGGGUUAAUUAGUGAGCUUUAGAGGUGGAAGUAGGUGUAUUUUUGAACUUUGGUUAGAGCCUAGCUAGCUGUUUCCCGCUAGUUCCAGUCUUUAUGCUAAGCUAGGUUAACCAUGUCCUGACACCAGUUCCGUACUGGAGUAUUUACCAG